UAAUGAAUUUCCUCGACGUAUACCUGUCAAAAAUAAUUAUAAGUCUUUCAUCUUUAAGAACUUUUCUACACUCAAUCCUUUUACACUGGAAAAUGAAAAUGCGUAAGAACAAGCUGCAAGAGCUACGACGAAAACAACAACUCCGAGAAGUACCAUUUUAAAAGCAGUUUAUUUCUGAGGUUGCAGCACUUGCACUACACAAGAACGACCACCAGUACCAGUUUCGUCUUUACGUUACGAGUAUCCAGCAGUGAUCGAACGAAGAAGCAAGCAGGAUGGUGAACUGGACGAGCUGGCUGCCUUCCCUGCCGAACCCGAGCGAGUACAUUAGCAGCACGAGCGACAGCGAGGAUCUGGACGGGCGGUGGCAGGCUCAAGAACAGCACCAGCACCUCCCAGAAGAGGAUCUCCCUGGCGAGCUGGAUUUCUAUUCGACAAACCCAAUCGUCGAUACAAACUUCUUGGUGCAGAACCAUCAUCCAUCAAAUGGUCCUCCUCCUCGCGGGGCGGGACAAGGACAACCACUGCAUCAUCAGCUUCAUCAAGGUCACCAAACUACCACGACCCAGCACGUCGUUCACCACGUGGUGUACCACCACCACCAUUCGUCCGGUCCAGGAACAAGCAGCGGUGGAUUAUCAUCUUCGCAUGCGGUUGCUGGGCCCCCGCACGCGCCCCUCACCAUGCGGGAGGCGAUUCAGCAACAGCGGUUGCAGCGCCACCAGGAGGGGAGUGCCAUGAUGAGGAUGAUGAAUCACAGUGAUCACGACAAUCUUCACGGAGAAGUAGAUGCUGAAGUAGAUCACGGAACAUCAGCGUCGGUUACCUCGAGUGCGUUGUUGACAAGUAAAAACAAUUUCGAAGAUCAUGCGUCCGAUUACCUUCCCUCGGAGAGCGGCAACAUUGAUCCCUCGGAGGCCGGAGAGGAGGACCACGGGAGCAGCGUUGUCAACGAAAGCAACUUUGGUGAUGAGGAAUCCGCGUCGCACCAACCCUUUCAGGGCGUCACGGUCCAGAAUGACCACACCCACUCCGACUACUCCGGCGAACCCACGACGUCAAAUUCUGAAGAGCAACUGACCUCGUCGCAGUCGGAGGAAUAUGCAAGAAAAAAACUGUGUAAGUGUAACUCUGUAAUGCAGAACAUGCAACAGAGUUACACCUGUCAUGCCAGACAACCAUGACCCCCUCUUUUAAUGUGUGUUUUCCCUUACAAGCCGCGCAUGACAGGUUUUCUCUGUCAUGUAGAGCAAAUUUGUGAUGCUGUUGCUGUCAACCAAAGAAGGUUACACUAACACAGUUUUUUUCUUGGAUAAGGAGCAGGAGGAAAGCAGUACGACCUCGGACGAGCAGGCGGAGCUGCUCGGUCAGCAGCAGAUGAUGACCGGCGGAGCACUAUCCUGAGUAAAAACGUACCCACACCAGAGUCAGGAUGAGGAUUUUGCAACACAAACCUAGGAGUUUUGUGAGUCACGCAUGACAAGUUGCACUAUGCAGUGUAGGGCAGGUUAGCAAGUGCAGCCGCAUCACAGAUUCACCUGCUCAUCCUGUUCACAGCAUCACAAAUUCCAAAACGCGAUUGGAAAUGGCUCUCAUGGGGGUGCGCGUUAAAAGUCUUUCUGUCUUUGCAAAUCUGCAUUACAACUCUGGCGUGGGUACGUUUUUACUCAGGAUAUGCACCAGGUGUCGUGGCAAUCAAGAUGCAGAAGAUGGGCCAAUCCCUGUUGCAGACCUUCCAAAAGAACAAAUCGAGAAGCAAAAACAUGCGAAACGAGGGGGAAGCACUCAUUCCUGCUAUUCCGACGAAGCACCUGAGAGAACCGCAAGAACCAGCGCAAGCGAAGAGUAAGAAGAAGAAAAGCAGAAGCUCCAGCACCGUGGUAUCUACAACCCAGGAAAUAGUACACAAGUCGGACGAUAAUUUGCGGCACUCGGGUCUCCUCGAGUACGUUGGCAGCCAGCUGGAAAAAGGUGCGACCGCGACGAAGAAGAACAAAAAGCAAGAGAAUAAAACCGCAGGAACAUCAAUUGGGAGCGGUCGCGCUUCUUCCAGUACUGCAGGAGACGGCUUGAAGUCCGGCGCCGGGACCACAAGUGCGACGACUUCCAAUAAGCGCCCGUCCGCGCGGGCGGCGAAAGAGGAGACGGGCUCGUUUUUAGACGAUGUCUUAGCCUUCACCGGGUUUCGAGUGGAGGCGGUUGAUACAAACAAGGACCACCCGGAGUGGGGGUUCGGGAUCAAUCGCGGAGAAACCGAUAACAAGGUACACUUAUAUAAAAAUGGCGGAAAUUAUCGAAACGCUGUUCAUGCAUGAAUAAAAUUUCAUUUUCACAUUCAUUAUGUUCGUGUCUCGUUUGUCAUUCACGUUGUCUGUCUCUGUCAUUCUGAUUUGCGUCUUGUUCUGUGCGCGCCAACGAAAAAGACAUGACUGCUCCACUGGUAGACUGAGACACACCAGCGCGACAAUCAAUCUAAACCACUAAUCUCACAACAGCGCCUGUCGCAGAUGCCGAACAAGAUGUCGCCCAAAAAGAAAAAGAAGGCGAAAGCCAAGGCCGAGGUGGAUCGCGGCGCUUAUAGCUACCGGUCCUCGAGAGCUUCCAGCCAGCCGCUAAGUGAGAUGAAGAAGAGCGACCUAGCAAUGCCACUCCAGCAGAACGAUGGAAGCGGAGAGGGAAUGAACCAAACGGAAAGUAGCCAUUUUGCCGACCAACAGAAUGAACAAUCUGAAGAUGAUGUUCCUUUCGCUCCCUUUCAGCCUUCGCAAAGCUCCAUGCUGAGAGACCAUUCCUCGUCGCAGCAGAGCCACGGGUCCAUGCACGAAGGAACAAGUACGGCGUUUGGCUUUGGAGCUGCUCCGCAGCCGAAAGUAGCCACAAGUACAACUGCGGGCGCCUUCGGUGCAGCUCUUGUCAACAGCAACGCUGGCGGUGGUUCUGGUGCUCCAUCCCCCAAGCGAUCUUUCUUCACGGGUCGAUCCGGUCCUGGCGGGUUCCAGACGGGUAACUUGACGAACAAUAGCGCCACCGUCGGGAAGAUUGAUACAGGAGCCACUACGAACAUGAUGUCAGUGGAAGAUACCCCGUUUGUUCUCCCAGCACAGUAUACAAACCCCUCCCAGACACCAAAUAGUACUCCGGCGACUAGGAGUAACAAGAAUCCGGUACUAAGUAGCUCGAAUGUCGUGCGUGGUGGCCUGACCAACAAGAUGUUCGCUCACAACAACUACGCGGGGAUGGACCAAGUUAUUCCCGGCGCUGGUACAACCCACGCAAGCGAUCGCUCAGGCAUCAAUAGUGUCGCUGGGAAACAUCAAAAGGCACCGAAUCUUCAAAAGCACAUUAGUACACAGCAGCAGCAGCAGCCGUCUUCUUUCGCGGAAAUUUUGUUGCAGGAUGUCUACGGAGUGCCAGAGCUGCAGGAUCUCCACGACGACGAGACCGAUACAACCGUACUGGGGAACAAAAACACCAUCACCAUGCACCAAAACUUCAGGAAGACCCGGUAUAAACCCGGCUCUUUGAACUACCGGAUUUUUGGCCAGGCGAAACUGAAGCGCACGGGGUUUUGCCUGCUCGUGGUCAUGUUCUUCAUUUACGUGAUUCCAGUGGUCUUUUUGCUCUUUAUUCGCUUUUUUGGCCCGGAAGCAUUGCGCGUACGGGUUUCGGCCGACUGAGAAGUGGCACAACUGCUCGAGUGGUGCUCAAAUUCCAAAAUAACCUACAGGAGCACUACUUCUGAUCCUACUUUCGAACUUCGAUUUUUCGCGUUCUUUUUUUUUGGGCCUCCCACCCACAGCAGCCGGAAGCGUUUUUUUUUUGAAAAGCGGUCCUUCUGUCCCCGCAUUUUUCGUACCUCAGAGCUGUCUUUUACGCUUCAAGCAUAAACUGUUUUCCGAUAUAUUGAAGAUUUUUACGCAUAAUUGACAUCUGACAUGAAGAAGGUUUGAGUGUAGAUUAGUUUUUUGUACUACCAAGAAUAAAGCCGUUUUAUAUUUGAAGAAAAUUCAAGAACCCAAUAGUCCCUGCUCCCAAAUUAUAUCCGAAAAAUUAGCCCCGACGAGGAAAAGUAAAACCCCCCCGCACGUUGGUGUUGAUUCUAGGAUACAGAUGUAAAAAGUGUCACUGAUUUUUUGCGAGUAGCUGACGAAAAUGAACAGCACCCUCACGCUUGCAAGUACUUGUGCCGCCGCACAAGCUCAAGCACGGUAGUAGAUCAAUAGCCGCAGGGUGGUCCCAAAUUACUUAUUGCAUCGCACCGAACCCGAAGUGGUCGCGCGCGCGGGAACAAGAAAAACCACACGAAAAAAGCUAACUCGCAACUAAUCGGCAACCUUCAACAAGUAACAUGCACAGAAACAGGUAGACUGUGCAGUGCUUUUGGCAACUGUGCUUGUGCAUUGAAGAGCAAAACGCGCAGGUACAUUGUCGACUGAAGUAACUGCUUUCGCACGACAAACUUCUUUCAACUCUACUUUGUGCCUGCGCUGGAACAACAAUUAUUCGAUGCCAGUAUGCCUACAAAUACGGACGAUUUUUGUUUAUUUUUUGCACGUCGGUGCUUGUACUUUAGCUUUACCUUUUUAUUUUUUUUCGAUUUCGAUUUUCCCCCCCCCCUCACGUGUUUUUUUAACUUUGUUGUUCGACUUUCUCUUUCGCUUCUUCUUGGACUCUUCUAGCCCGGAUAUAUUUAUUGUUCAUGCCUUGCUCGUUUAUUUCUAUUUGACAAACUACAGAAAACGAAGCACUCGCUGUUUCUCUUUGAUCUCUGACAGCUGCACCACAUCGAAU